AUGAGCGAUGAAAAGGUUACAACCGACAUUAUUACGUUGACUCGACAUGUUCUUGACGAGCAACGUAGACACAAGGAUGCCAGUGGCGAUUUAACUUUACUAUUGAAUGCCAUUCAACUUGGUUGUAAAUUCGUAGCUGCCAAUGUUCGAAGGGCGCGGUUAUUAAAUCUAAUUGGUCUUGCUGGCGGUACACAAAAUAUUUCGGGUGAUGAACAAAAAAAACUUGACGUUAUCUCAAAUGAAAUUUUUAUCAAUGCACUUCGUUCUUCCGGAAAAGUAGCCGUGAUGGUUUCUGAAGAAGAUGAAGAAGCAAUCAUUGUUGAAGAAGGAUUGAAAGGGAAAUAUUGUGUAGUGUUUGAUCCGUUAGACGGUUCUUCUAAUAUUGAUGCUGGUGUUAAUGUUGGUACAAUUUUUGGCAUCUAUCGUGUGGAUGAGGGAUCAUCCGGGACAGUCAAGGAUGUUCUUCGCCCCGGUAACGAAAUGGUUGUUGCCGGUUACUGUAUGUAUGGUAGUUCGGCAAACAUGGUUCUUACGGUCGGAAAUGGAGUGAAUGGCUAUACCCUUGAUAAUGGUAUUGGUGAAUUUAUCCUUACUCAUCCAGAU